GAGAACGAAGUAGUCAUGGCUUACUCUAUGCUCUCCUCCGCCGCUGUAGUUACCUCACCGGCUCAAGCCAACAUGGUCGCUCCAUUUACCGGCUUGAAGUCAGCCGCUGCAUUCCCAGUCACCCGCAAGGCCAACAACGACAUUACUUCCAUCGUUAGCAACGGAGGAAGAGUUAGCUGCAUGAAGGUGUGGCCACCAAUUGGAAAGAAGAAGUUUGAGACCCUCUCUUACCUUCCUGACCUUACCGAUGUUGAAUUGGCUAAGGAAGUUGACUACCUUCUCCGCAACAAGUGGAUUCCUUGUGUUGAAUUCGAGUUGGAGCACGGAUUUGUGUACCGUGAGCACGGAAGCACACCCGGUUACUACGAUGGCCGUUACUGGACAAUGUGGAAGCUUCCCUUGUUCGGAUGCACCGACUCUGCUCAAGUGUUGAAGGAAGUCCAAGAGUGCAAAAAGGAGUACCCUAAUGCCUUCAUCAGAAUCAUCGGAUUUGACAACACCCGUCAAGUCCAGUGCAUCAGUUUCAUCGCCUACAAGCCACCAAGCUUCACCGAUGCUUAAUUCGCUUUCAUAUAAUAAUAAUAUCUUCUCACUUCGUUUCCAAUAAGUCUGUUUCCUUUUUUUUUUCUCUUUGGAUUUCUGUUUAUGAGACUUUAUAUAUCGGAUUGUAAAAUGUCUGAUUUAUGAACAUGUAAUUUCUAUAUUGCUUCUUCUUCUUGGUUACUUUCAGAUG